CUUUUGGUCUUGCAGCUUUUGCACUUCUGUUAAUCUUUGGAAACUUCAAAAGCAAAAGCUAUUACGAAAAAUUAAAAGCUGCUAAAAAGGAAAUGCUUCAAAACAGUUCCCGAAUCCAAACGUUUGAUAUAAAAUCAAUCAAUUGUCACACUAACUACCGAUGUAGCGUCACCUGUUCUGGUGAUAUGACGGGUCUAAGACAAUAUCUAGAAUCUCAAAAAACUUGUUCUUUAAUUACCCUUCACAUUUCUAAUGGAAUUUUCCCUGAAAAUACACUUCAAAGCAGUUGGUUAGAAGGUAGCUUCAAUCUAAGCUCAAUUGAAAUAUCUUCGAGUGAUUUAAAUGAAAUACAAAAUGGAGCUUUUAAUCAGAAAAGCGUGGCUAAUCUUUCAGAAUUGAAGCUCAAUGGGGUUGAAAUAAUGAAACUCACUGAAAAUACUUUCGUUGGAUUAACAGCUAUUGAAAAAUUUACAUUAAUCAAUAGAAUUGAUAUAUUUUCUGGUGAAGCAUUUUUAAAACCGAUGAUGAAAACUUUAGAUAAAGUAACUAUUAAACAUUUAACAAGCAUUCCUACCGAUCCUGCGCCAUGGCUUCGUGGAGAAAAUUUUCCCAAACUAAUAUCAAUCACCUUUGACGGGAGUAAUUUGGGGGAAUACAUUAAUGCUGACACAUUUAAACAUCUAAAGCGAUUUUCAUUGCUGAUGAUGAAUUCGUGUAAAAUUGGGUAUAUAGCCAAUGGAGCCUUUGAUUUCAUGUUUAAACAAACGGUUGUUUUGAUCAGUUUGCAAAAUAAUCAGUUGAAACGGCUAAGUGGUGAUUAUUUAUCACAAAUUACCCCCUUGAAGCGAUUAGAUAUUCAGAAUAAUCCUUGGGAUUGUACAUGUGAGUUGGAACAACUUGUGCGUGUGUUUAAGGAGUACCCUGAAGGAUUUGGAGUAAAUUCAAAAUGCAGCAGUCCGUGGGAUAAAACUGGAAAGCUUCUUAACGAAAUUGAGUUGAAAAAAUGUGAAGAUGAACCGAAACCUCCUUUACCAACGCCUUCUUCGAAUAUCACCACAAUUUCUACAACAGAAACGACACCAUUUUCCUUAUCAACGAGUAGUACAGCUUUAUCGAAUUCGACAGACUUGAUGACAACAAUUUCCACUGUAGAACUUUCUUCUACAACUCCAUCACCUCAAAAUAGGACUACGACUCUUGCAGCUGAUUCCAUAAUUAUUGAAUGUGCUAGACAUAAAAUCCGAUUUUCAAGCUAUCCUCUAAACUUCAUAGAACUCUCACCUCCAGAUGGACAUUUUACAAUCGUUUCAAUCAGUGAAACCAGUGCAAGACUGAUUUUCCAAGGAUCUACUGAAGAUUUUGUAAUAAUUUGGUUUUAUGAACAACCAAAUCUGGAUGAAAACGAAGGAAGUGUUCGAUUUGUUGGAGAGUUUUCUAUUGGCUGUCAGAGCGAACUCGAUUCGUCGUUGAUUGUUGAAGGCCUAGCCGCUAAUCGGUCAUAUACUUUUUGUCUAGUUAAGAAUGGAACAAAAGUUAUAUCACCAUUUAAUUGUCAAUCAUAUUUUAGUUCUGUUGGUGAAACUAGUAAUGAUUUAAUUUGGCUAAGAAAAAAGGACAUGCCACUAGUUAUUGGUAUUUUUGUUGCAUGUGUUUUGGUUUCAUUAUUAAUUGGAUUGAUUGGAAUGUUUUUGUUGAUUUUGUAUCAUCCAUGUUUAUUAAAAAACAGUAAACGGAUUAUAAUUGUGAACAAAAAUUCUAGAAAAGAUGUUAUAGUUCCUCGAAGGAAUGUCCACACUUCUGUUACAGAAUCAUCUUUUGCAAAUAGUUAUCAUUCAGAAGCAACAACAGCAGAAUUAAGAAGAUUUUCAUGUGAAAGUGGUUUAAGUUACAUGAUGGCGAAUAAUUACGAGGACAUAGAAUACCGCUGGAGAAUGAAUGCAAAUAAUGACAUGUAUUUUUCUAAUCGAAUGCCAAAAAGUCCUGCACCUCCUUUACCGAAACGAAUAUCUUCUGCUAUUUCAACACAAAAACCAGGGGCUUUGGCAAAUAAUAAUGAUAUAGAGCAGGAAGAUAACGAUUACGGGUACACGAGUAUAUCUUGAACAGUUGAUGUUUAGAAUUGUCUAUAAUAUAUAUUUAUUUCGAAACAUUUAUCGGUAUAGUAUUGAGCAAAAGUAAAACAAAUUUAAACAAAUAUUUAUAUUAAAAAUAAUAAAUCAAGAAUUUAAAUAAGAAGAUGCAGUUAUGUACUAAAUUUAAACCAAAUCCGUCCAUCCAUUUGGUCACAUCUGGUUAUACAUAUGGACUCAUAAAGGAACCGACGCGACGCACAGACCCACAGUAUACAAAAAUAUAUUUGCUUGCCUUUAUAAAAAAUUAUUUAAAAAGUCAUUCCACACUAAUUUAUAAGUUAAAGAAUGAAAAUUAUUAUUUAUUAUUAUCUAUCUUUCU